CACGUGUGCCGAAAAAAAUACAUGUAUAAAAGGUAGAAGAAGCCAUUGUUCGCGUUAUAAAGAAGUAGCUAGCGAACAUGGCAUCAACAGGCCGUGGAGACGGCCUGGCCCUUCCUAAGGUGCAGUGCCCCAACCGCCCAGACGCCAUGCUGGUGGAAGACUACAGAGCAGGCCCCGAGUGUGGCCUUGUAGUGGGUGACAGGAUGAUUGACGUCGGCUCAGAGUGGAGGACCUUCACCAAUGAGAAAGCCACCAAAGACCCGUCUAGAGUGGGCGACGCCCAGAACCCACUCCUCAACGGGGGAGACUUGACCACCAUGAUCAGCAAGGGAACAGGCGCGGCUAGUUUUGACGAGUUCGGCAACUCCAAGUACCAGAACCGGCGGACCAUGAGCAGUUCAGACCGUGCCAUGCUUAACGCCUUCAAAGAGAUUACCACCAUGGCCGACCGGAUCAACCUACCAAGGAAUAUCACAGACCGAACAAAUAAGUUAUUUAAGCAAGUGUACGAACAGAAGAGCCUGAAGGGGCGGGCCAACGACGCCAUCGCAUCAGCCUGCCUUUACAUCGCCUGCAGACAAGAGGGCGUGCCUCGGACGUUUAAAGAGAUCUGCGCCGUGUCCCGCAUCUCCAAGAAGGAGAUCGGCCGCUGCUUCAAGCUGAUCCUCAAGGCCCUGGAGACCAGCGUGGACCUCAUCACCACCGGAGACUUCAUGUCCCGCUUCUGCUCCAACCUGGGCCUGCCGAAGCAGGUGCAGAUGGCGGCCACCUACAUCGCCCGGAAUGCCGUGGAGCAGGACCUGGUGCCCGGCAGAAGCCCCAUCUCUGUGGCCGCCGCCGCCAUCUACAUGGCCUCCCAGGCGUCCGCUGAGAAGAAGACCCAGAAAGAGAUCGGAGACAUCGCCGGUGUGGCAGACGUCACAAUCAGACAGUCGUACCGACUCAUCUACCCCCGUGCAGCUGACCUCUUCCCCCCGGACUUCAAAUUCGACACCCCUGUGGACAAACUGCCCCAGCUGUGAAGACCCACUCGCCCCGAUGACACUUUAAAGGUUAUUUUUCUAGUUUUUAAUCUAUUAGCAAUUUUUUCCCCCUUGUUAAUUAACCCUAGCCUGGGGUGGCAGGGUAGAGCGUUGGACUAGUAACCGGAAGGUUGCGAGUUCAAACCCCCGAGCUGACAAGGUACAAAUCUGUCGUUCUGCCCCUGAACCCACUGUUCCUAGGCUGUCAUUGAAAAUAAGAAUUUGUUCUUAACUGACUUGCCUAGUUAAAUAAAGGUCAAAGGUAAAAUAAACGUAAGGCACUUUUUGCAGGAAUACAGACAAGUACAGGACACACAUUCCAAUACUUAAAAAAAAUGAGAUUGCAAACUGUACUUACAGUAUUUCAUUUGAGUGUGUAUAUACUGUAUAUAUGUCCGAGUUGGAAAAUGUAAUUGGUGCUUGCAAUGUAAGGCUGGUUUCAUACUAUAUACAUUUUUUUUUGUAGGAAAUGCAGGUUCUAUUUUGUUAGCUUGUUUGCUUUGUAUUAAGUAAAUCAAAUGCUUUUCUGAAAAGCGUGUUGAAAACCUCAUGCAUUGAUUAACAUUAAACUUUGUUUACAGAAUGAGA